GGCGGCGGCGGCGCCGGGUGGGGAUGGGGUCGCAGACGCUGCAGAUCCUCCGGCAGGGGGUGUGGGCCGCGCUCAGCGGGGGCUGGUACUACGACCCGCACCAGGCCACCUUCGUGAACGCGCUGCACCUCUACCUGUGGCUCUUUCUGCUCGGCCUGCCCUUCACCCUCUACAUGGCUCUUCCUUCUUCCAUGAUUAUCGUAGCAGUUUACUGUCCUGUGAUAGCCGCUGUUUUCGUUGUUCUGAAAAUGGUCAACUACCGACUCCACAGAGCCCUGGACGCCGGAGAAGUCGUAGAGAGGAACGCGCAUGAGUUCUCGGAUCAGCGAGCUAAGGCUGAGCAAGGCAACUGCUCAACCAGAAGAAAAGACAGUAAUGGACCGAGUGAUCCUGGUGGAGGGAUUGAAAUGUCUGAGUUCAUUCGAGAGGCCACACCUCCAGUUGGUUGCAGUUCAAGAAAUUCUUACGCUGGCCUAGAUCCAAGCAACCAGAUUGGAUCUGGUUCCUCUCGUCUUGGAACAGCAGCAACUAUUAAAGGAGAUACAGACACCGCUAAGACGUCUGAUGAUAUCAGUUUAAGUCUGGGCCAGAGCUCUAGUCUUUGUAAGGAAGGAAGUGAAGAACAAGAUCUGGCAACUGAUCGGAAGCUCUUCCGGCUGGUCUCCAAUGAUUCCUUCAUCUCCAUUCAGCCUUCCUUAUCCUCCUGUGGGCAGGACUUACCAAGGGACUUCAGUGACAAAGUGAGCUUGCCGAGUCACAGCCACCACCACCACAUCGAUCAGUCUCUGUCCAAUGCCUGUGAUACGGAAGUAGCUUCUCUCGUCCCUUUACAUUCACACUCUUACAGGAAAGAUCACCGGCCACGAGGGGUACCACGGACUUCUAGCUCUGCGGUGGCUUUCCCAGACACUUCCCUGAAUGACUUCCCCCUCUAUCAGCAAAGACGGGGCUUGGAUCCAGUUAGUGAGUUAGAAUCUUCCAAGCCUCAUUCUGGAUCCAAAGAAUCCUUGGUGGAAAAUUCUUGUUUGUCCGGGGAAUUUCAGCUUGUUGGUGAGCUGAAAAACAGUAAUUCUCAGCCACCUCCAAGAAGUGGGAAGAGCAAACCCUUGAAAGCAGACAAAAGCAUGGACAGCCUGAGGAGCCUGAGCACGCGGAGUAGCGGGUCAACAGAGAGCUACUGCAGUGGGACGGACCGUGACACCAACAGUACGGUCAGCAGCUACAAAAGUGAGCAGACCAGCUCAACUCACAUAGAGAGCAUCCUGUCGGAGCAUGAGGAGUCUCCUAGAGGAGGAAAGAAAGGUGGCAGGAAGAAAGAGGGCUGUGCUGACCCAGAGGACAAGAGUAGCUGUACCAGUGACAAAAGGACUAGCAGCGAGAGGACCGCCGUGGAAGUGAGUACCAACAGUGGGGUUCAAGAGCCCAAGGAGUCCAGUAGCUCCAAUGACGUGCACAAUCAGAGAGGCCUCAGCACCUCCGCGUCGGAGGAAGCCAAUAAAAAUCCCCACGCGAACGAGUUUAUGUCACAGGAGGACAAACCACUCGAGAAAACUGCCGAAGACAAAGAGGAGCAGAGUGAGAAGUCCGCUGUUCCAGGGGACACCAGAGUUGCUAAAGACAGUAGCGGAAAGCAAAAGGAAGGGGACGUACGGCCUAAAUCGUCAAGCUUGAUCCACCGGACAGCCUCUGCCCAUAAAUCAGGCCGGAGACGGACAGGGAAAAAACGGGCCAGCAGUUUCGAUUCAAGUCGGCACAGGGACUAUGUUUCCUUUCGAGGUGUUGCUGGCACAAAGCCACACAGUGCUAUAUUCUGUCACGACGAGGACUCGAGUGACCAAAGUGACUUGAGCAGAGCAUCGAGCGUGCAGUCUGCCCACCAGUUCAGCAGCGAUAGCUCUUCUAGCACCACUUCUCAUUCGUGUCAGUCUCCUGAGGGCAGGUACAGUGCCCUAAAGACCAAACACGUCCCUAAAGAAAGGGGUGCUGACUCCGAGCACGCACACAAAGCCCACCUGGGUCCUGACGGAGCUGGCAAAAAGCGGACAGCACGUCGGACUUCCAGCACAAACAGUGCCAAGACUCGGGCCCGGGUGUUGAGCCUGGACAGUGGCACGGUGGCCUGUUUGAAUGACUCCAACAGGCUGAUGGCACCCGAAAGUAUAAAACCCUUAACCACUUCAAAAUCAGAUCUCGAGGCCAAAGAGGGAGAGGUGCUAGAUGAGCUAUCUUUAUUGGGCCGGGCUUCCCAGUUAGAGACGGUCACUCGGUCGAGGAAUAGCCUGCCAAGCCCGGUUGCGUUUCCUGAAGGCGAGGAGCAAGACGCAGGCGGUGGAGAACAAAAUCUUGGCAUGCUGGUGUUAGCAUCAUCCUUGGCUGACAUGGAAACGGCACAGGCCAGCGAGGAGGCAGUGUCCUUUCGCCGCGAACGCAGCACAUUUAGGCGCCAGGCAGUUCGGCGCCGGCACAAUGCAGGGAGUAACCCUACCCCUCCUACAUUGCUCAUCGGAUCACCCCUAAGCCUUCAAGAUGGUCAGCAAGGCCAGCAGUCCACAGCCCAGGUCAAAGUCCAGUCCCGCCCCCCUUCCCAGGCUGCAGUGCUCAGUGCUAGUGCGUCCUUGCUGGUGAGAAAUGGGAGUAUCCACUUAGAAGCCUCACAUGACAAUGCAUCUGCUGUAGGCGGCAGCAGCUUGCACGAUGAACUUGGUAAGUUCUCUUCUACGCUUUAUGAGACUGGUGGCUGUGAUAUGUCACUUGUGAAUUUUGAACCAGCAGCAAGAAGAGCAUCCAAUAUCUGUGACACGGAUUCUCAUGUAUCCAGUUCUACCUCAGUUCGAUUUUAUCCACAUGAUGUGCUCUCUCUUCCGCAGAUUCGAUUGAACAGACUAUUGACCAUCGAUACAGAUUUGCUGGAGCAACAAGACAUCGAUCUAAGCCCUGACUUGGCAGCUACUUACGGUCCAACAGAAGAAGCUGCUCAAAAGGUCAAACACUAUUACCGCUUCUGGGUCUUACCCCAGCUGUGGAUCGGCAUUAACUUUGACAGACUCACACUUUUGGCCCUGUUUGAUAGAAAUCGUGAAAUUCUGGAAAAUGUGUUAGCUGUCAUCCUGGCUAUUCUUGUGGCUUUUUUGGGAUCUAUUCUUCUCAUACAAGGCUUCUUCAGAGAUAUCUGGGUCUUCCAGUUCUGCCUAGUGAUAGCCAGCUGUCAAUACUCACUACUUAAGAGUGUUCAACCAGAUUCUUCUUCUCCCAGACAUGGCCAUAAUCGUAUCAUUGCCUACAGUAGACCAGUUUAUUUCUGUUUGUGUUGUGGUCUUAUUUGGCUCUUGGAUUAUGGUAGCAGAAACCUUACUACAACCAAGUUCAAAUUAUAUGGAAUAACUUUCACUAAUCCACUGGUGUUUAUAUCAGCCAGGGAUUUAGUUAUAGUGUUUACACUCUGUUUCCCAAUAGUAUUUUUCAUUGGUCUCCUGCCUCAGGUGAAUACAUUUGUAAUGUACCUUUGUGAGCAAUUGGAUAUUCAUAUCUUUGGUGGUAAUGCCACUACAAGCUUGCUUGCAGCACUUUACAGUUUUAUCUGCAGCAUUGUGGCAGUUGCCUUACUGUACGGAUUGUGUUAUGGCGCUUUAAAGGAUUCCUGGGAUGGCCAGCAUAUUCCAGUACUUUUCUCCGUUUUUUGUGGCUUGUUAGUGGCAAUAUCCUAUCAUCUCAGCCGACAAAGCAGUGAUCCAUCUGUACUUUUCUCUUUGGUGCAAUCCAAGAUUUUUCCAAAAACAGAAGAGAAAAAUCCAGAAGACCCUCUGUCUGAAGUAAAAGAUCCACUGCCUGAAAAACUUAGAAAUUCUGUUAGUGAGCGUUUACAGUCUGACCUAGUAGUGUGCACCGUAAUUGGUGUGCUGUAUUUUGCUAUUCAUGUAAGCACCGUGUUCACAGUGUUGCAGCCUGCUCUCAAGUAUGUGUUGUAUGCAUUGGUCGGCUUCGUGGGUUUUGUAACCCAUUAUGUGCUGCCUCAGCUUAGAAAACAGCUGCCAUGGCACUGCUUCUCCCACCCUCUGCUGAAGACAGUGGAGUACAACCAGUACGAAGUUCGGAAUGCAGCCACUAUGAUGUGGUUUGAGAAACUUCACGUGUGGCUUCUUUUUGUGGAGAAGAAUAUCAUCUAUCCAUUGAUUGUUCUCAAUGAACUCAGUAGCAGUGCAGAGACAAUUGCUAGUCCAAAAAAACUGGAUACAGAAUUAGGUGCUUUAAUGAUCACCAUUGCUGGUCUGAAGUUGCUACGGUCCUCUUUUAGCAGCCCUAUGUAUCAGUAUGUUACAGUCAUCUUUACUGUGCUCUUUUUCAAAAUUGACUAUGAAGCAUUUUCAGAGACCAUGCUGUUGGAUCUCUUCUUCAUGUCCAUACUCUUCAACAAGCUUUGGGAACUCCUUUAUAAGUUGCAGUUUGUAUACACUUACAUUGCCCCCUGGCAAAUUACAUGGGGUUCUGCUUUCCAUGCUUUUGCUCAGCCCUUUGCCGUGCCCCAUUCAGCCAUGUUGUUUGUUCAGGCUGCUGUAUCUGCCUUUUUUUCUACUCCACUAAAUCCCUUUCUGGGAAGUGCAAUAUUCAUCACUUCGUAUGUUCGACCUGUGAAAUUCUGGGAGAGAGACUAUAACACAAAACGGGUGGAUCAUUCAAAUACCAGAUUGGCUUCCCAGCUUGAUAGAAAUCCAGGAUCAGAUGACAACAAUCUGAAUUCCAUCUUUUAUGAACAUUUAACCAGAUCCCUACAACACAGUCUCUGUGGUGAUUUGCUCCUAGGACGAUGGGGAAAUUACAGUACAGGAGACUGUUUCAUUCUUGCCUCUGACUACCUCAAUGCAUUAGUACACCUUAUAGAGAUAGGCAAUGGGUUGGUCACUUUCCAGCUGCGGGGACUUGAAUUCAGAGGUACUUACUGUCAACAACGGGAAGUGGAGGCCAUUACUGAAGGCGUUGAAGAAGAUGAAGGAUUUUGCUGUUGUGAACCUGGACAUAUUCCUCAUGUGCUUUCAUUUAAUGCUGCGUUUAGCCAGCGCUGGCUAGCUUGGGAAGUGAUCGUCACUAAGUAUAUUCUGGAAGGUUAUAGUAUCACUGACAACAGUGCUGCCUCUAUGCUCCAAGUCUUUGACCUUCGGAAAGUACUCACCACUUACUAUGUCAAGGGUAUCAUUUAUUAUGUUACAACUUCUUCUAAACUGGAGGAGUGGCUAGCCAAUGAGACAAUGCAGGAAGGACUACGUCUGUGUGCAGAUCGAAAUUAUGUUGAUGUGGACCCAACAUUUAACCCAAACAUCGAUGAAGACUAUGACCAUCGACUGGCUGGCAUAUCCAGAGAGAGUUUUUGUGUAAUUUACCUCAACUGGAUAGAGUACUGCUCUUCCCGAAGAGCAAAGCCACUGGAUGUAGACAAAGAUUCAUCCCUAGUGACUCUUUGUUACGGACUUUGUGUUCUGGGACGGAGAGCUCUGGGGACUGCAUCCCACCAUAUGUCCAGUAAUUUAGAGUCAUUCCUCUAUGGAUUGCAUGCCCUAUUUAAGGGAGAUUUCCGUAUUUCUUCAAUUCGAGAUGAAUGGAUCUUCGCUGACAUGGAAUUGCUAAGGAAAGUAGUCGUCCCGGGAAUCCGCAUGUCCAUUAAACUUCAUCAGGAUCAUUUCACUUCUCCAGAUGAGUAUGAUGACCCUACUGUGCUCUAUGAAGCCAUUGUGUCUCAUGAAAAGAACCUUGUAAUAGCCCAUGAAGGGGACCCUGCAUGGCGGAGUGCAGUCCUUGCCAACUCUCCCUCCCUUCUCGCUCUGCGGCAUGUCAUGGAUGACGGCACCAAUGAAUACAAGAUCAUCAUGCUCAACAGACGCUACCUGAGCUUCAGGGUCAUUAAGGUUAAUAAGGAAUGUGUCCGAGGUCUUUGGGCAGGACAACAGCAAGAGCUUGUUUUUCUACGUAACCGUAACCCAGAGAGAGGUAGCAUCCAGAAUGCCAAACAAGCUCUGAGAAACAUGAUAAACUCAUCUUGUGACCAACCUAUUGGCUAUCCAAUCUUUGUCUCACCCCUGACAACUUCUUACUCUGACAGCCAUGAACAGCUUAAAGAAAUCCUUGGGGGACCUAUCAGUUUGGGAAAUAUCAGAAAUUUCAUAGUGUCAACCUGGCACAGGUUAAGGAAAGGGUGUGGGGCCGGCUGUAACAGCGGUGGCAAUAUUGAAGAUUCUGACACUGGAGGCGGAAUGUCUUGCACUAGCAACAAUGCAGUGAGCGCCAGUGACCCCCACAGCAGUGUGUCCCAGGGAAGCACUGGAAAUCCAGGGCAAGGGUCAGGAGCCGGACUCCAUCCACCGGUCACAGCUUAUCCUCCAGCACUAGGCACUAGCCACAGCUCCCACUCCGUGCAGUCAAGCCUGGUCAGACAGUCCCCCGCUCGCGCCUCAGUGGCCAGCCAGUCUUCUUACUGCUACAGCAGCCGGCACUCCUCCCUCCGGAUGUCCACCACGGGAUUUGUGCCUUGUCGGCGCUCUUCCACGAGUCAGAUAUCGCUUCGAAACUUACCGUCCUCCAUCCAGUCCCGCCUCUCCAUGGUGAACCAGAUGGAGCCUUCCGGUCAGAGCGGCAUGGCCUGUGUGCAGCAUGGCCUGCCUUCUUCCAGCAGCUCCAGCCAGAGCAUCCCAGCCUGCAAACAUCACACUCUCGUGGGCUUUCUUGGGACAGAGGGAGGUCAGAGCAGUGCCACUGACGUCCAGCCAGGCAACACCUUAAGUCCUGCCAAUAAUUCACACGCCAAAAGGGGGGAAGUGAUUUACAGAGUCCAAAUUGUAGAUCCCAGUCAAAUUCUGGAUGGGAUCAACCUGUCAAAAAGGAAGGAGCUGCAGUGGCCUGAUGAGGGUAUUCGGUUAAAAGCUGGGAGAAACAGCUGGAAAGACUGGAGUCCUCAGGAGGGCAUGGAAGGCCAUGUGAUUCACCGAUGGGUGCCUUGCAGCAGAGAUCCAGGUACUAGAUCCCACAUCGACAAGACAGUACUGCUGGUCCAGAUUGAUGAUAAAUACGUGACUGUGAUAGAAACUGGGGUACUAGAACUUGGGGCUGAAGUGUGAGCCAGUGUCGGAUAACUACGGUUCUUUGCCCUCUCCAUUCCAAGUCGUUGGAAGAAGAGAGGAGAGCGUGGAAGAUGCCUGCAGGUAUCCCUUGGCUCUGGUAUGGGAGAGACGGGGACGGAGAGCGGGCUUGGUUCUGCGCCUCGCCUUCGUCCUUCACCCUGACUCCUGUCGCUGUCUCCAUCCCCAAAUAAAGCUGAAAUAUUUUUUUAAGUUAGCUGCCGAGAAAACAUUCUGCAUGAAGGAUAAAGUUCUGUUAAAAAUACAUCCUUAAAGAAAGUUUUUUCCUAUGUAUUGCCUAUGCUUUACAUCAACAAACUCUUCAUUUCUAAACUAUGAUCUCAUAUUUUUCUAAUUUCUUUGCCAAAAAUAAUUGCCAUGUUUUGUCACAGAACAUGAAAUCCAUUUACCUUGAUUUUUAAGAACAGACCAGUGUAGAAACCUUCAGUUUGACAUUUAGCUGUCUGAACGUUUAAUGUACAGUAAAAGAGACUAUGAAUAGACAUAGAUUUAUCUUACUUCUUGAGCGCUAAAAACUUUAAUGAGAAAACUGCACUAAUUUUUUACAACAAUGCACUAAAGUCUGAGAUUUCUCAGAACGUUUAUUUAUAUAUAAAAAUAAAAUACCAUUAUUUAAGUUGC